GGUAGGUGGGUGGUAAGAACACCGCCGCGGCACUAGUACAUGAUAGUACAAACGUCUUGUGGCACAAUGCAAAUCGAGUCGUAAGUGGCUCUCAUCGACCACGGCAUCUUUCAGUUCAGUAAGUCCGUUAUAUUAGAUGUACGAGAUUGACAUUUCACUUUCGAACGCAGAUGGCUUCCUUGCUAAACGAGAUUCCUCGAGAGUCCCUUCAAAACUUGCUUUCCUCUGUAAGGGUAUACGCUCCGCCUCACAUCUCAGCGCCUGCACCGCUGCUUUCAUCCCUCAGCCGCGGAAAUGUCAUAGAGGUCCAGGGUCCUGCUUCGUCAGGGAAAACCCAUCUCUUGUAUCAUUUUGUACUGCUCUGCAUUGCUCCGUCAAGGCAAAUGUCUAUCGACUUUGGGGGGAAUGGAUUGGCUGCAGUCAUCUAUGACACAGAUGCAUCGUUUGAUGUCGCAAGACUCCAUCAGUUGCUAUUGGCUCGUCUGUCGCUUUUUCUCCCUCACAACAUCGAGAUGGCACGACGUUUAACUGAGGAAUCGCUGCACCGUCUACAUGUCUUUCGGCCAACUUCGCUCCUCCAACUCGCCACCAGUCUUUUACAUCUUCCAUCCUAUCACAGAGUCUCCAUACCAGAGCACGAAAUAGGUCUUAUUGCCGUGGAUUCAUUGAGCUCAUUUUAUUGGACCGACCGUUUCAUCGCGGAGCAGAUGCGCAAUGUGCCCCACAGGGAACCAGAGCCUUCAUCGGUAAACCCACUCCAGCAUGUGCUUACGGCACUUGGUCGACUCCGCUUGUCUCAUGCCCCUUUCAUCAUAUUGACCAAUUGGGGUCUGAAUCUCGCUUCGCAAUCCAGUGGACCGGUGACGUUCUACAAGCAGCACUUACAUUCAUUCCCUGUUUACUCUGAAAACCUUGACGCGAGCGCUCUGCCCAGUUCAAUAACGGACGAUCUUCCACCAACGCCCAUGCCGCUUCCCCUUACGCACCACGUCACCUUACUCCCGGUAUCGAUACCUCCUUUUGCCCCAGAGAUUUCCCUGGGUGAUGCUAUCCAACAGGAAGUAGGUUAUCGUAGAAGUAUGGUACAAAAGGGGGAAAUUACGGGUCUUGUCAGGACUACGGGAAGGCAUGAGAUUACCCGUUUGACUCUUUGCAUCACACCUGAAAACGUUCAUAUCAGACACUCAUGAUGCUCUUCGCAACUUCUUUGAUUGUUAGUCCGCUAAUACUAAGGUAUUUGACAUUAUAUACGGUUUGAUUAGGUACUUCCACUUGUGU